AAAGAGUCGAUCAUCUGCUCUACGAACACGUUUCAUCUCGAACUACAGCCUGAACCUGUUUUUGUGCAUCAAUGCUACACGUUUUUGCGGGGAAAACCCAGAGCUUCAGCCGCACGGCAAGAUGGCCGCCACACCAGAGCCCUCAGCCCUCUUCAGCCAUCACAGAUGUCUCCCCGGUGUUUCUGAGCAUCAUGGAUGUUGCAUAUGAGGACAUCAGAGCAUUUCAAGGCCCUCUCUUCUAAGGGACAGGCUAUGUCGUGAUUGAGUGCCUACGAAUUGCACUUGAGGUCUCUCCACCCUGGACUGUCUGCUUCUCUGUCUGGCUUCAAGGACUCUUAUGUUAAAGUAGCGACAUCGCUGAAGAUGAAUCCUGAAUGUCUGUGGCGGUUCUGUGUUUUGGUUUUGCUUGGAAAAGCAUCCGUUUCCUUUGCCGAUGCAGAGAUGCAGAGAGUGUCAGUGAUGGAAGGACGUCCGGUCACUCUAAACAGUGGAGUUAUUGCAAAACACCACGAAACGAUUAAAUGGUAUUUUAAUGAAACUUUAGUUGUUGCAAUAAAUAAAGAUCAGGUGAAGAUCUGCACAGUUAGUGAUUGUAAAAAUAGAUUCGGAAACAGACUUAUGGUGGACAACCAGACUGGAUCUCUGACCAUCACGAACACCAGAACCACAGACUCUGGAGAAUACCAUCUAGACGUUAUCAGCAACGGCAAAGAUAGCGAAAAGACUUUCAAUGUUACUGUAAACGGUGCUCCUAAAAAUCAUCAUCAAACGAAGGGCGACCCAGUGACGGAGAAAGAAUCUGGUUCUGGUUUGUCUCCUGCUGCUGUAACGGGAAUAUUUGUUGCUGUUCUGCUCGUGGUCGCAGCUGCUUUUGGUGUGAUUUACUGUUACAAGCGUAGAACAAGAACCAGCACACGGGGGAGAGAUACUGUCAGGCUUGAGGUCCUGUGACGAACCCUCCCUACCAGCCGAGGUCCAUACUUGAUCCAUACCGAAAAUACUUGCAAUUUUUCAGUCGAUCAUAAUUAACAGUAUUUAUAUACCUUUUGUUUAAUGAGGUGAUUUGCUACGACUGUUUUUAAUAUUUUUCAGUAUUUCCGUAUGCAAAGAUGCAUGCGUUAAAUCUGUAUUUUAAUACCUGUGUUUACUGUAGGCCUAUUUAAAUGCCAAUGUGAUGUAACACAGAGCAUACGUUUUUGAUAAAUGUAAAAUGGUAAUUACUGGAAGGCGUGUGAAUGUAAAUGUCUUUGCGGUUCUUCCAGCAGGAGGCGCUGUGGAGGCUUUGUUUUGUCUGGAGUCAUUGCUGCACUAAAAUGUUGAAUCUAUUUUACUCUUCUCGAUCCAUUGCAUGUAAAAUAUAUUUAUUGUGUACAACAUAGUUUGCAUAGUAUACCUUCGUAGCAUCGAUCCAGAUCCUUUCCUGUUACUAUUUAUAUAAGUCCGUCACGUGAUUUUUUCAUCAACGCCCGCUUUUGGUGGUUUUCGGUGUAUUUCAAAGGUGCAAAAUAGGUUUCAGUACUUCAAUAGGUUGGAACAUUAACAUUAUAUCCAUUAAUGAAAUUACAGUAUUUAGCCGUAAUUUAAGAUAAAAGCUAAAAUGCUGUUACCGUAUUUUUUUAUGGUAAAAUUCCAGCAGUGUACCUCAAAGAUGAACUCAAAAGUGAUUUGAUCUAAAGAUGUAAACCUGAAAACCUACUUUCCCGAGAGUGAGCACCAGAUAUUGGUGUAUUUGAUAGCGUUUUUAAUUGGUGCAAUUCACCAAUAUUUUACUUAUACUAAAUAUAAGCUCAAAGAUGCACUAGUCAAAGAGACAGUGAGAAAACUGUAACGGUGUGGAGAAGCUGAGCAGAUAUGUAAUGGAAAAGCUAGACCAAACAAGCUAGAAAAACUGAACAAAGAACAGUACGAUGGGCAACAAGACAACCAUAAUGCAUUUAUCAACUGUGUACGUACAGGAGGUUAACAAGGUGAGAUACAAAGAAAGAAAUGCAUUGCAAAAGUAAAUAUGAGGCAUGAAUAUAAUUCCACAGCCUAUGUAAACACAUGCAUGCAACAUGAGCGUGC